GAUCCUGUAUUCAUUUUUUCAACAACUUAUUUAUUUGUAGGUUCUCCAAUGCAAGGAGCAGGAUCAAGUGAUACUGAAACAGUACCACCAGAUGAACAUCUUGGUUAUCUGGAAGACAAGCACCUGCUUCGUAUCGCAGUGGGCAUGGGAAUGGAGUGGAAACAACUGGGUGUCAGACUGGGUCUCAGUUGGAACAGGAUCCAACAAAUAUGGAGUGAUAAGAGACGAUUGCCAGAGAGCAUAAUGGAUAUGCUUACAGAAUGGAGGAAUCAUCAGAAUUACGAGAAAAAUCAAGUGGAGAUAAUGUGCAGGGAUUUGAAGGAGCAAGGACUCACAGAACUUGCUAACAAUGUUUUUGGCUCGCAAACCUCAACAAAAGUACAUGCUAGACGACCGUUACAUCAUAGACACCAGCAAUAUGAUG